UGUUUCGCCGAACCGGGCCUUACGGUUGAACUCGUAAGGGGCGGGUUCACGCCACGUGUCCUCCUCUCAGUGGCUUCUCCUUUCCGCGUUGGCGAGAGAGAAAGAAGGGUCUCGGCGUCUUGAUUCAUUUCUCUCAUCUCCGUAAAAGCUAGGGUUUUUUUCUCUCUGAGGCGAUUCUCUGUGCGACCUCCAUCUCCGGCGGUAUUCUCCAGCAAAUCCACUCUGGUUUCUCUUCUCCACCUCUUAGGUGAGUAUUGAGUUGAACGGUAGAAUUCUCCACCUCCUCUCCAUCUUUUUGUGUUUCGGUUUUAAAUCGAUUUGGGGAUUUUUUGUUUGAGGGUUUCAAAAUCGAUAGAGGGUUUUCGAUUAAUUGAUGUAAAUCGGCAUGCUCGUUUCAUUAGGGUUAGUUUCUGUGAAAUUUCAAAUCGAUAGAGGGGUUUAGAGGUUAUAUUCACUUCAGUUAGUAACUAAGUAGUGGCUCGUAAUAAUGACCAAAGCGUAAACUCGUUGGUUCUUGGUUAGAUUUCUAGUCGGAAUAGAGUCGUUGUUACCUUGGCCAUACGAUUGGAACAUGUCUUUCUCAUCUUCUUUGUUUCUUACAUGUAAUUGGAACUCGAUUGUUGCAGAUGGAAACUCCCCGAGAACCUCAUUUCUUCAAGCCUCUUCUUCCUGGUUUUCACAGUGGCGUGGCAAUACCACUUGACUUCUACUCAAAACACAUACAAGGGGCUGAGAUCAAUAAACCAUGGAAGCUAAGAUCGGACGCUUCGGAUCAAAUUUGGGAGGUGAUCCGAGAAGGCAGGACACUCACCAAAGGUUGGAAAGAGUUCACCGAAGCACAUGAUCUUCGAAUCGGUGACAUUGUCAUCUUCAAACACGAAGGAGACAUGGUCUUUCAUGUGACUCCUUUUGGUCCUAGCUGUUGUGAGAUUCUGUGGUCCGACGCGGAUGAUGCUCCUACUUUCUCAUACGACUACUGCUUCUUGGCUGAGGUUACUCCUACAAAUCAAAAGGACGACAAAAUGUUUCUUCCUGUGGAAGCUAUGAGGUGUGGUGCUUUGAACCAACAAUGCAAAGAGGUCAAACUUGUCAACAAGGAGGGAAAGUCAUGGACUGCGCGCUUCGGAUUUAGCGAAUCAGACGGCGCAUAUUACAUCAGCAGAGGGUGGAGAAAGUUCUGUCGUGAUAACAGAUGCACCAACGGAGAUUUGUUUGUGUUCAACGUGGUUAGAGACGGGACGACAACUCCAUUACUGUGUGUAUGUCCGGAAAGGAAGGAGUGUACUGAACUACUGAUCAAGCACUUCAGCAGAAUCGAUGGUAGCAUUGCUUCUACCUCACGAAAUUAGAUGGCUCUUUUGCGGUCUUUCCUCUCUAUCAUCUUAACUUGUUUCCUUUUGUUUCAUUAGCAACUUAUCAACUUAUGUAUUUCGGUUUGUAAAACUUGAAUGGUUUUUCUAUGUGAACUUUUAUCCUAAGUUAAACAUUCUCGAACUUAAUUCCUUUGUUGAAUGCGUAGACUGAUCAUCGAACAAAAUGUUUCUAUGAAUUGAAUUUAAGUUAAAGAAACAACAUAAACUCCAAAACUCUAACAUAGCUUUUCUACAUCUGAAAACACAAACCAAAAUAUUAUAACAUAUCUCAAAACCAAAACUUAAACUCCAAAACUAAAACAUAGGUUGAAUAAAGUGUUUUCAUAAAUUUUAUAAUAAAUUUUAAUAUUUUAUUCAUGUAUUCUGAAUAAUUUUAAAUUUAAAAAAAAAAUAAAAAAUAUUAUUAUUUUAUUCCUAUGAACUCUUUCUUCGGGUUCACUAAUGCAGAAAACAACAAAUUCGGGUUCAUAACUGUUUAUGGGCCCACAAAAAAAUAUUAAAAAAAUUUGGUGAACCCCAAAGUGGGGUUCACCAAUGCUCAUGCUCUAAAUCUUUUCAUAUAUUAAGCUUAACUCUCUUAAAAUCCCAGCAACUCCUAAAAAAAAAAGAAAGGUUGAUUAUAAAAGGAAAAUCUGGAGGAAAAAAAAGAAAAGAAAACCUAACCAAUCCCAAGUGAAAAAAAAAAUCUAAAGA